AUGGCUGUGGACGCGGCAUCCAGUUUCAGUUUCGUCAGGCCAGCUGUGGAGUACAGGGCUCUGUCCGAGGACUUCAAGCACCAGCUGAGUCGGCGGACGGGUGGGAACCUCACCUGGCACGAUGGACGUGGACAGAAAACAGCAGGAGGCCGGACGGUGAAGCUGCUGCAGCAGCCGGGCACUGAGGCCCUGCAGUACCGUUCCCAUGACAAUUAUGGGAUUUAUCACACGAGCCCGACACAGCCGAGCCUGAUCCGCCCGGUCGUGCUCUGGUCACAGCAAGACGUUUGCAAAUGGCUGAAGAAGCACUGUCCUCACAACUACCUGACCUACGUGGAGGCCUUCUCCCACCACGCCAUCACAGGCCGGGCGCUGCUGCGUCUGAACGGGGAGAAGCUGGAGAGGAUGGGUUUGGUUCAGGAGACGCUUCGACAGGAGCUGCUGCAACAGGUGCUGCAGCUCCAGGUUCAGGAGGAGGGACGCAACCUGCAGCUGCUCAGCAGAGGCUCCUUUGGAAGGAUAUCAUAG